AUGGCUUCUCCUCCGCCCAAAUCCCUCCGCGAAGAUACUACCCCGUUCUUACUUCAGCUCUUUUACCGUACAGGAGCACUUCAUAGACCGGAUGAGUUUGAGUUCAACGGACUUCCUCCACACAUUUCGGUGUACACAUGGUCAGACUGUACUCUAAAUGAACUCGCUCUAGAUCUUGUAGCUACUAAGCCUUCGGCUUUUCCGUCACCUUCUGUAGGGUGUCGCCUGGUAUUCCAGCUGGUGUUUCCUGAUCUCCGCAACACUACCGCAGUCGCAAACGCUCCUCCUCGAUAUGGGGUUAAGGAUCUCGGCAGCCUUGUGAUGGGCGGCGACCCUGGAAUAGACGCGUCGGGGGAUGUGUCCAUGGAUGCCACAGUAAAAGGCACCGACGAUAGAUGUAAGACCCUCAGCGAAGCGCGAUUUGUUGUCGGCGAUUACAUCACUUGCGCAAUACUACCACCACUUUCGGACGGCUCAGUGGCACCAGCCUCAAGCGUGCGUAGGGAGCAGGCUUCAAGUUCACAUGAUGCUCGAGCGAGUCAUCGAGGAGGACGAGAGAAUGGCUUCGACCGCGGAACCUCUAGGGGAGGCCGUGGCGGCUGGAGAGAUGACGUUGGGGGAGAUUUCCCUAUGGGAGAGUGGAGGCGAGGUGAGAGAUUACCAGAUGCUCCUGGUGGGCGACCUAGGGGUAGAGGGAGGCGGUAG